GGAAAGAAACCUGUUGACAUGCUUUCCAGAACUAACCAGAAACGAGCACACUUCUUCCCUUGGCUAUACACGAAAAUCCACUGUCUAUUCUCAACCAUUUACCCUUUCCAUUCCUCUUAAUUACACCUUUUGCCACUCCCUUCCUUCUAUUUCUUCUAUUAAUGUUUAUUAUCUUUCUCUCUUCCCGCCUCUUGUAAUGUAACAAGAAAAUGUCCUCCGUCCAAUUCCGUUACGCUCUCUCUCCUCUUUGUUCCACGCUUCCGCCUCCUCGCAGGCCAAUAUUUUCUCGCACCUUUCCUCCUCGUUUUCUCGGAAAAUUGCGCGUUUUCUCGACCGCGCGGAGGAGGCGAGUUCCUUCAAUCUGCUGCUCCUCAAAAACUGGUUCCCAGCUUCAGCGGGUUUCUGUUCCUGAGGACGAUGAUCGGCCUCCGUUCGAUAUCAAUCUUGCGGUUAUUCUCGCUGGUUUCGCUUUCGAAGCAUACACAACUCCACCUGAAAAUAUAGGCAGGAGGGAAGUUGAUGCUGCUGGUUGCAAGACAGUCUACCUUUCUGAGGAAUUUGUUCAUGAAAUUUAUGAUGGUCAACUCUUUAUAAAGUUGAAAAAAGGGUUCAAUUUUCCUGCCAUGGAUCCCUGGGGAACAAGUGACCCAUAUGUUGUCAUACAACUGGAUUCUCAGACCGCUAAAAGCGGUAUCAAAUGGGGGACAAAAGAGCCAACAUGGAAUGAGGAGUUUACAUUUAAUAUCAAGCAGCCUCCAAACCAAUCUUUACAGGUUGCAGCCUGGGAUGCAAAUCUUGUAACUCCUCACAAACGCAUGGGGAAUGCAGGUGUUGAUCUAGAGUGGCUCUGUGAUGGAGAUGUGCAUGAAAUAUUGGUUGAGUUGGAAGGAAUGGGUGGUGGCGGAAAGGUUCAGAUGGAGGUAAAAUAUAAAAGCUAUGAUGAAAUUGACGAAGAGAAAAGGUGGUGGAAGAUACCUUUUGUUUUAGACUUUUUAAAGAUAAAAGGUUUUGAUUCUGCAUUCAGAAAGGUUAUUGGCUCUGAUACAGUACAGGCCCGCCAAUUUGUGGAAUAUGCAUUUGGGCAGUUAAAGUCUUUUAACAAUUCAUAUCUUCUGAAGGGCCGGAAGUCUGAUAAUAAUGAUGAGUACGACAGUGAAGCUACAGGGGAACUGACUGAAUCUGCUUCUAUAUCCAAUAUUCCUUCCAUCGAAGCUGGUAGUUCAGAAGCCUCCAAUGAGGCUAGCGGGGAACAGAGGAACUCAAAGGAAUUUAUCAGACAUGACAAUGAUACUGAAAAUGGACAUGCUUCUGAAUUGCCAGCAAAAGUUAGUGAGGAAGAAUUAUCAAAUAAAAUUUUUUGGAGGAAUUUUGCUAAUGUUGUUAAUUCUAGUAUCGCUCAAAAGUUGGGUCUCUCUGUUUCUGAGAAAUUUAAGUGGGACGGAUUGGAGUUUUUAAACAAAAUUGGCUCACAAUCUCAAAAUAUUGCAGAAAGCAUUUAUGUUCAAUCUGGUCUUGCAAUGCCUGGCAGCACAGAUGAUAUGAAUGAUAAAACAAGUGGCCAACCUGCCGUCACUGUGUUUCAGUCUUCACUUCCUGAGGUUAAAAAAGCGACACAAAAUUUGAUGAGGCAGACUGAGUCAAUUUUAGGAGGUUUGAUGCUUUUGACUGCAACAGUUUCUAAAAUAAAAGAUGAAGUGGAUUCAUCAGAAGAGAGGAAAGUGAAAGAAGAUUAUACUAAAGCAGGAGACAAGGACAUCCAAUAUUCCGGUAGUCAGAAGCUUCCCAACUCACAGAGUGGAGUAGUGCUGGAUGAUAAAAUAACUGAAGAGAUGAAAGAACUUUUUUCUACUGCUGAAAGUGCCAUGGAGGCUUGGGCAAUGCUGGCCACUUCCCUGGGCCAACCUAGUUUUAUUAAGUCGGAGUUUGAAAAAUUAUGCUUCUUAGAUAAUGCAUCCACAGACACACAGGUUGCAAUUUGGCGUGAUUCUGCACGAAGAAGGUUGGUGGUUGCUUUUAGGGGAACAGAACAGUCUCAAUGGAAGGACUUAAGAACUGAUCUAAUGCUUGUGCCAGCUGGGCUAAAUCCUGAAAGGAUAGGUGGAGAUUUCAAGCAAGAGAUUCAAGUUCACAGCGGUUUUCUAAGUGCAUAUGAUUCAGUAAGGACCAGGAUCAUUUCUCUUAUUCGGCUAGCAAUCGGUUAUGUAGAUGAUCAUUCUAAGUCACUUCACAAAUGGCAUGUUUAUGUGACUGGUCAUAGUUUAGGUGGUGCAUUGGCAACCUUGCUCGCACUUGAACUUUCAUCCAAUCAAUUAACGAAGCAAGGGGCAAUUUCCAUUACUAUGUACAACUUUGGUUCUCCUAGGGUUGGUAACAAAAGAUUUGCGGAAAUUUACAAUGAGAAAGUUAAAGAUAGCUGGCGGGUUGUGAAUCACAGAGAUAUUAUACCUACAGUUCCUCGGUUAAUGGGUUAUUGUCAUGUUGAGCGACCUGUAUUUCUUGCUGCAGGUGUUUUAAGAAAUGCUCUAGAAAACAAAGAUAUUUUGGGAGAUGGUUAUGAAGAUGAUGUUCUUGGGGAAUCAACACCGGAUGUUAUAGUCAGUGAAUUCUUGAAGGGUGAGAAGGAACUUAUUGAGAAGUUGUUGCAAACUGAAAUAAAUAUAUUCCGCUCAAUCAGAGAUGGAAGUGCUCUGAUGCAGCAUAUGGAGGAUUUCUAUUACAUCACGUUACUAGAGAAUGUAAGAUCAAAUUACCAAGCAGUCCCAAGGUCAGAACAAGAUCAAAACUAUAGUUUAUAAUGAUCCAACAAGGGUUUGCUGUGGCUAGCUUCAGUCUCCGGUACCCAAUACUUGAUAAAGUUGUAUAUAGGUGUUGAGAAGAGCAUACAUGUACAUUUGAGAUCGCUUGCGGGCUUGCAGCCAAUUCUUUUCUGCCAAGGAAAUGGAAGCUAUGCAGUAUGUCCUGUAUAUUUUUCAAAUGGAACCGACAAGGAAAUGUGAGUUCCUAGAGACUGAAGAACAAAAAUUCUUAACAACUUCUGUUGUUUAGGUAUUAUAUUUAUUUGGCUUGUGAAAAUAAUAUUAUAGCAUGAAUGUCAAAUAUUCAAAGACAUCUAAUCCUUGUUCUGAUAUCAAGAAUCUAUAGCCUCAUGCAGAAUGUAAUUUAUGUUGUAAAUAUGCACAUACAAACAUUUUAUGUUGUUCAAAGAUUCAGUUGUUGUGGUUGAGCAUA